AUGGGCGCGGUCAAGUCCUCCAAAACACUCGCCGCGCGCAGGACCAAAACCGCCCCCACCCCCAUCCCCGCGGCGAGCGGACGGAACGCAAACAACAGCCACUGGCCGCGCGCCGCGUACGACGUCCUCGGCGACUUCUUCGAGCACACGACUGCGUACCCCUCGCGCGCGCAAAAGGCCACGCUCGCGCGGACCGUCGCGCGGUUGCCGGGGUGCUCUGGCUUCGGCGUCGCGCACGCGCAGAAGUAUUUCAAACACAAGCGGAAGGACGCGCACCGGCGUGAGGCGCGGGGCCCAGGGGUGCCGCGGCGGAGACGACAGACGCGGGUGGUUGUGGAGGAGGAGGAAGGAGAGGAAGAAGAGGAGAGGGGUGCAGAGGAAGAGGAGCUGGGGGAUGAUGUGGAGAUGGAGAUGGACGCGUUCGAGUCAGAGCUGUCUUCCUUGACCAGCGACGACGACACCCUCAGUGAGCCUGACGGCGAGGGCGAGGGGCGCGACAGCGACCAGAGCGCGUACGAAGGUUCGACAGGGCCGUCUGGGAGCUCUUCUAGUACGUCGUCGUCGUCCGUCGCCUUCAAUUUCUCGCCCUGCCCCGUGAGGCUCGCGCUCGCCAUCGCCGAGGAGGACGAGCACGAAGCCCGCUGGCUCUCCGCCGCUCCGCCACGUACGUUCCACGAGUUUGGGGCGUGGAUCCAGCGCGAGUACGGCGAGCUCAACGCGGCGGUGCUAAAAAUGUUGACCUGA